AUGUGCACAAACAUGGAAUCACUUUUCAGCAAAAUGAACGAACUUGAUAUGGAUGAUGAACAGCGAAGUAGACUAAAAAAAUUUCUCACUCAAAAGCAAAAGGUUGGGGAACUGAAUGUUGAAGACUUUGAUAAGAUUAGUGAACUUGGAUCAGGAAAUGGUGGUGUAGUCUGGAGAGUUAAGCACAGGCCAUCUGAUCUCACCAUGGCCAGAAAGCUGAUACACUUGGAAAUAAAGCCAGCUGUAAGGAAUCAGAUAAUAAGAGAACUGAUGGUACUUCAUGAAUGCAACUCUCCAUACAUCGUUGGAUAUUAUGGGUCUUUUUAUGCUGAUGGAGAAAUAAGCAUCUGUAUGGAAUACAUGGAUGGAGGAUCAUUAGAUCUUAUCUUGAAAAAAGCAGGACGCAUACCUGAACCAAUUCUAGGAAUGAUAAGUGACGCAGUCCUGAAAGGUCUCAGUUAUUUAAGAGAGAAGCACAAAAUUAUGCACAGAGAUGUGAAACCAUCAAACAUUCUGGUGAACUCGAGCGGUGAGAUAAAGUUGUGUGACUUUGGCGUUAGUGGUCAGCUCAUUGAUUCCAUGGCCAACUCAUUUGUUGGGACAAGAUCUUACAUGUCGCCUGAGCGCCUGCAGGGCACACAUUACAGCGUGCAGUCAGACAUAUGGAGCAUGGGACUGUCCCUGGUGGAACUUGCAAUCGGGAAGUAUCCCAUUCCCCCGCCUAGUCCCUCUGAGAUUGUUGGUGUCUUCGCAGCUGAUGCAAUAUCAGAGCACAUCGAUGCGGCAAAGAUCGGCAAACCAUUGACUGGCUAUGUGAUAACUGGAGAUGGCCCACUUCCCAUGUCUGUCUUUGAGUUGCUAGAGUACAUUGUGAACGAGACACCACCAUCUUUGCCUAAGAAUUGUUUCUCAAAUGAAAUUCAGGACUUUGUCAAUAGCUGUUUGAAAAAGAAACCUUCUGAGAGAUCUGAUUUGAAAUCCUUAAUGAAUCAUGCCUUCAUAAAGAAAACGGAGCAGGAAUACGAGAAGGAAGUUAAUUUUGGUCACUGGGUCUGCAAAAUUAUGGAUCUAAACUAA